CACAAUAACACUGACUGGGCUCACAAAAGGAGUACACACGAGGAAAGUCAUGUGGGCAUUUGUCAAGGUCAACUUGCUUAUGUAUUUCAUGUUGUAUUCCCACUUUUCUUCAGCUCUGUCCUCAACUCAUUACUCUUCCUCGUGUCAGUUACAAGGACAAUUUCAUCUAAAUGGCUUGCACAAGGCAGGAGAUGUGGUUAUAGGUGGUCUGUUUCAGAUCCACUUCUUUUCUGUUUUUCCUGACCUGUCUUUUACCUCACAACCACAACAGCCUUCCUGCCAUGGUUAUGAUGUUCUAGGAUUCAGGCAGGUGCGGACCAUGGCCUUUGCUGUUGAUGAAAUCAACAGAAACCCCAACCUGCUUCCUAACGUGACUCUGGGAUACAGUCUUUAUGACAACUGUGUCAAUCUAGGAAUUGGAUUUCGUGGAGCAUUGUCCUUAGUCAGUGGUCAAGAGGAACAGUAUUUAUUGGAUGAGACCUGUGCAGGAACCCCUCCAGUCAUAGGUGUUGUGGGUGAUUCUUCUUCUACACGCUCUAUUGCUAUUUCCACUGUCUUAGGUUUGUACAGAGUACCUAUGGUGAGUUAUUUUGCCACAUGUUCCUGCCUGAGUGACCGGCAAAAGUUUCCAUCCUUCUUUAGAACAAUCCCAAGUGAUGCUUUCCAGGUGCGUGCUAUGAUUCAGAUCCUAAAACACUUUGGCUGGACUUGGGCAGGUCUGCUCAUCAGUGAUGAUGACUACGGACUCCACGCUGCUCGAUCUUUCCAAUCUGACUUGGCUCAGUCUGGUGGAGGUUGUUUGGCAUACCUAGAGAUUUUGCCUUGGGGCUAUGAACAAACUGAACUAAGGAGGAUUGUGGAUAUGAUGAAGAAAUCCACAGCUCGUGUGGUCAUUGUGUUUGCACAUGAGAGUCACAUGAUUAACCUCAUGGAAGAGGUGGUGAGGCAGAAUGUGACAGGCCUGCAGUGGAUUGCCAGUGAAGCUUGGACAGCAGCUGCUGUGCUCCAGACCCCCCGCCUUAUGCCUUACCUGGGCGGCACACUGGGUAUCGCCAUCCGCCGAGGAGAAAUCACUGGACUUAGGGAUUUCCUCUUACAAUCACGCCCUGAUCUACACCACAACACCAGUUAUGGGAAUAGCACUGUGAGUGUAAACCAGUUUUGGGAAUACACAUUUCAGUGUAGAUUUGCACCACCUCCAGCUGGUUGGGUUGAAGCUGGGGGAGAAAUAUGCACUGGACAAGAAGAUCUAGAGAAAGUGGAGACUGAGUUUGUGGAUGUGUCUAACCUCAGGUCAGAGUAUAAUGUGUACAAGGCUGUGUAUGCUCUGGCAUAUGCCCUUGAUGAUAUGCUGCAGUGUGAGCCUGGGAGAGGGCCUUUCAGUGGGAACACCUGUGGUAAUUUGAAAGGACUGCAGCCAUGGCAGAUUGUGUAUUACUUGCAAAAGGUCAACUUCACCACAACCUUUGGUGAUCAUGUAUCAUUUGAUGAGAAUGGUGAUGCCUUACCGAUAUAUGAUAUCAUGAACUGGCUAUGGCUCCCUGAUGGAAGAACUAAACUCCAAAAUGUGGGUGAUGUUAAGAAAUCAGCCUUCAAAGGUGAAGAACUCACAAUUGAUGAAGACAAAAUCUUCUGGAACUUUGAAUCAAAAAAGCCACCCCGGUCAGUGUGCAGUGAGAGCUGUCCUCCAGGUACUCGUAUGGCCAGAAAAAAGGGGCAACCUGUGUGCUGUUUUGACUGCAUCCCUUGUUCUGGGGGAAAAAUCAGCAAUACAACUGAUUCCAUGGAGUGCACCAGUUGUCCCGAGGACUUCUGGUCCAGCCCCCAGCGUGACCACUGUGUUCCUAAAAAGACAGAGUUCCUCUCCUACCAUGAGCCUCUGGGUAUCUGCUUGACAGCCACCUCAUUGCUGGGCACAUGUAUCUGCGCUGUUGUCCUGGGCAUCUUUAUCUAUUAUCGCAGAACCCCUAUAGUACGAGCCAACAAUUCAGAGCUUAGUUUCCAGUUACUGUUGUCACUUAAGUUAUGUUUCCUGUGUUCACUGUUGUUUAUCGGCCGACCAAAACUUUGGACAUGCCAGUUAAGACAUGCAGUAUUUGGGAUCAGCUUUGUGCUUUGUGUCUCAUGCAUUCUGGUGAAAACCAUGGUAGUUCUGGCUGUGUUCAAGGCCUCCAAGCCAGGAGGUGGAGCCAGUCUGAAGUGGUUUGGUGCUAUGCAGCAGAGAGGAACAGUUAUUGUUCUUACUUCUAUUCAAGCAGCAAUUUGUACUGCCUGGCUUUUAUCUGCCUCACCAACCCCUCAUAAAAACUAUCAAUACUACAAUGACAAGAUAGUUUAUGAAUGUGUAAUUGGGUCUACAGUUGGUUUUGCAGUUUUACUAGGCUAUAUUGGCUUAUUAGCUAUCCUCAGUUGUCUGAUUGCAUUUAUAGCAAGAAAUCUUCCAGAUAGUUUCAAUGAGGCCAAACUCAUCACUUUCAGUAUGCUGAUCUUUUGUGCUGUGUGGGUGGCCUUUGUUCCUGCCUAUAUCAGCUCACCAGGCAAAUAUGCAGAUGCAGUGGAGGUGUUUGCCAUCUUAGCCUCCAGUUUUGGCCUCCUGGUGGCACUGUUUGGACCCAAAUGCUACAUAAUCCUGCUGAGACCAGAGAGGAACACAAAGAAAGCAAUCAUGGGUCGAGGAGUCGAGUCAUAAAAACACACUUCAUUUGAUGACACAAAUUGAAUCAUGCAU